AUGUGGCUUCCUUGUGUUUCGGACCGCGUGCACUUCUUAUUGGUGUUACCCAUUGACAAACUCCUUUCCAAUUCCUUCCUUUUUUUCUUCUUUUUUUUUUCUUUUAUACUUAUCUAUAUAAAACUUUCUUUCUUUCUUUCUUUCUUUCUUUCUUUCUUUCUUUCUUUUACCUAUAAGUUUCUCUCUCGCUUCUCUGUUUGUCUCGGGCGCGCUUUUCCACGUCAAGCUAUACCAGCGACGUUGCGUUCACUGAUCUCCUUUAAUGAACGGGGUACAUCACCAUUAUCAAGCAACAUCGCCAAACUCCGCAUGGAAGAGUUUCACCUAUUCUACGGAAAACAGAGCCUACGCCUGCUCCGCCAACCACGGCCGCCGCAGACACCGCCACUGCCAACAAUAUCACUAGCUUUAUCUGAAACACUGCAUCUCCCGGUCGUCGCCGCGACUGCUGAUGCCACCCUCGACACCAGUACCUCCAGGUUCUUUCUCAUCUGCAUCUUUGUAAUUCCCAGUCCUCAUGUAUGCUUCAGUCUGUCUAUUCAUAUGCAUUUAUUAACGUAUAUCUCCCCUCUCGCUCUCUCUCACUCUCUCUCUUUCCUCUCUGUUUAUGUCUGUCUCUUUCUCUCUGUCUUAAAGUUGAAUAAAAUCUAUCUAUCUAUCUAUCUAUCUAUCGAUCUAUCGAUCUAUCUAUCUAUCCCCGUCCCUUCAAUAUCUAUCUAUCUAUCCCCGUCCCUUCAAUAUCUAUCUAUCUAUCUAUCUAUCUAUCUAUCUAUCUAUCUAUCUAUCCCUGUCCAUUCAAUAUCUAUCUAUCUAUCUAUCUAUCUAUCUAUCUAUCUAUCUUAA